AUGGACGAAACCAUCUUGUUUCUGGACAUGAGUUUCAGAUCCAAGUUACUGCUGGGAAAAUACACUCGGCAAACAAGUGCCUUCACUAAAUAUUGUCGGAAACGGGAAGAAAUAUUGAGUGGAAAAUAUUCGAAUAUUUAUCUGAUUCCAGUGGAGUUUCUGAGGGAUUGUCAUGUCUUGAUGAAAUAUCCUCCUCUGUUAAAACAUUUAUUGUUAAAAGAAGGUGCCGAUGAAGAGUUUGUUUUCUUUUUUUUGAGAGGAAAGAGUGAUCAUGAAUUUGAUUAUUUAUUCUCGAGUUUGGACGAAACUUGGAAAUGUAAAAUUUCAUUUAUUGAGCGAGCGAUUCAAGAAAAUUAUCAAACUUUUCGAUUUUUACAACGAGAAAAACAAGAGGAGAAGGAAUAUAUACCCAAAGAUUUAAAAUUGAAUCGGUUGGUAGAGUUGAAUCCAGAAAUUAUUCGAUACUUGAUAAAAAUUGAUGGAUUUGACAUUGAAUUGCUUAAGAAAGCUUGUAAAAAGAAUAUUUCACUAUUAAGGUUUAUUCCUUGUGAUAGAGAUUUUCAUAUUUCUGUAAUUGAGCAUAAUCCCCAAGCUCUGAAAUAUUCGAAAGAUUUAUUUAGGAAUGAUGAAGAGAUUGUUUUGAGAGCCAUUACAAAAGAUAAGACAACACUACAGUAUGCAAGUGAUUCAAUAAUUGAAAGAGUUCUUGUUAGAAAAGAACUCUUAAAAUAUUCUGUGGAAGAUAUUAAGAGUUUAGUUUUGAGUGGUGUGAAAACGAAACCUUCCUUAUUUAAAUAUUUACCUGAUUCGGUAAAAAUAGAUCAAGAAUUUGUUUUGAAAUUGUUACCUAAUGUAAGGGUAUUCAUACCACAAUCUUUGAAGCAAAGUAGAGAGUUUCGAAUGGAAUGGGUUAAAUAUGAUGCAAAAGCAUUCGAAACUUGCAAAGAUUUGGAGUUACGAUCGGAAAGACAAUUUUUAUUGAAUUCUUUAACAACUUACAGACAUACCCUUAGAGAUGCACCACCAAUUCUCAAAGACGACAAGGAAUUUGUUUUGGAAUGUCUGAAAUUUCCCUCGAAUAGAUUAUCCGAAACUUCUGAAAGAUUAAGGGAUGACGAACAGGUCGUUUCGUGUGCCUUAAUGCAACAGUCAUCAAUUAAUUUUGAGUAUGCUUCCGAUAGAUUAAGAGACGACAAGGAAUUCGUUAUGAAAAAUAUUGAACUUUUUCCAGGAAUGUUUUCUCACAUUAGUGAAAGACUAAAAAAGGAUAAGGAGAUAAUUGUAAAAUAUGCAAGCACUGGAAAGUUGAAAUCUUUGGAAAAUGAAUUUAUGGAGGAUGAAGGGUUUGUUCUUGAUAUUGUGGAGAAAAAUCCUCAAUUAGUACUUUCGUUCAUUCCUCCAAUCGAUUCACUUUUUAUUCGAAAAUAG